CAUUUUUCGUUGGAAAAGUGGAAGAAAGCUCUCUCGUCUAUCUUGUAUAUUCAAUUCCUUAAAAAGAAUGAAAUUCCGUCGCUGCCACCCUCAUAGAUUGGUCUUAAACCCCAUCCCCAUCUUCCAAACAAAGCCCAAACACUUGUACUGCACCUCUGCUAUUCAAGACAAUGACGUCAAAGACUCGCAAUUCAUAGCGACCCUCAGGAACAUCGUUCGAGGAAGGGAAAGCUGGAAAAUCGCUUUUAACGAUCCGUUCAUUUCAACUAAAUUAAAGCCCCACCAUGUUGAGAAGGUCUUGUUGCUUACUCUUGAUGAUACCAGGUUAGCUUUGAGGUUUUUUAACUUCUUGGGUUUGCACAAAAACUUUAACCACUCUACCAUGUCCUUCUGUAUUCUAAUUCAUGCCCUUGUUAAUGCUAAUUUAUUCUGGCCUGCUUCUUCGCUUUUGCAAACGCUUCUACUUCGUGGGGGGUUGGAUCCAAGAGAGGUUUUUGAGGCUCUCUUGGACUGUUUCGAGAAAUGUGACUUCAUUUCUAGUUUGGGUUUUGAUUUGUUGAUUCAGAGUUAUGUGCAGGAGAAGAGAAUGUUUGAUAGUGUUUUGAUAUUGAGGUUGAUGAGGCAGCGUGAAUUGAUGCCUCAAGUUAGGACCUUGGGUGAAGUUUUAAAUGGGCUUGUCAAGAUCAGGCGAGUCGAUAUGGUUUUAGUGUUGUUUGGUGAGAUUUUGAGUAUGGGUAUUAGGCCUGACAUUUAUAUUUAUGUGGCAGUACUUCGAAGUUUCUGUGAGUUGAAGAAUUUUGCCAAGGCCAAGGAAAUGAUUCAGCGAAUGGAUUCUAGCGAUUUGAAUGUAGUGGUGUAUAAUGUGUUAAUUCAUGGGCUAUGCAAGAACAAGAGAGUUUGGGAGGCUGUUGAGAUCAAGAAUGGUCUUAUUCAAAAGGGAUUGACAGCUAGCGAGGUUACUUAUUGUACAUUAGUUCUUGGAUUAUGUAAAGUGCAAGAGUUUGAGGUUGGUGCUGGGGUAAUGGAUGAAAUGAUUGAGUUGGGGUUUGUUCCAACUGAAGCAGCUUUGUCAAGUCUUGUUGAAGGGUUGAGGAGGAAGGGGAAGGUAGUCGAUGCUUUUGAUUUGGUUAACAGGGUGAAAAAAGUUGGGGCGAUGCCUUGUUUAUUUGUCUACAAUGCAUUAAUCAAUUCUUUAUGUAAAGAUGGUAAAUUUGAUGAAGCAGAGUUGCUUUUCAAGGAAAUGGGAGAGAAGGGCUUAUGUGCAAAUGAUGUCACUUAUUCUAUUUUGAUCGAUUCAUUUUGUAGAAGGGGAAAACUGGAUACUGCAAUUCAUUUUCUUGGUAAAAUGAUCAUGGCAGGGAUAAAAAUUACAGUCUAUCCCUACAAUUCCUUGAUAAAUGGUCACUGCAAGUUGGGGAAUUUGAGUGCAGCUGUGUCUUUUUUUGAUGAGAUGAUUGAUAAAGGAUUGGAACCUACUGUGUUAUCCUACACAUCAUUAAUAAGUGGAUACUGCAACAAAGGCAAGUUGCAUGAGGCAUUCAGGCUGUAUCACGAGAUGACUGGGAAGGGCAUUGCACCAAACACGUACACAUUUACCACACUAAUAUCUGCUCUUUUUCGAGCAAAUAGGAUGACUGAUGCUAUUAGAUUGUUUGACGAAAUGUUAGAGCAGAACAUCAUGCCAAAUGAGGUGACUUAUAAUGUUAUGAUAGAAGGACACUGUAAGGAAGGAAACACGGUAAAAGCCUUUGAAUUGCUCAAUCAAAUGGUACAAAAGGGUCUUGUUCCAGAUACAUAUACUUAUAGGCCUAUAAUAAGCAGUCUUUGUUCUAAUGGUAGAGUAUGUGAGGCAAAAAAGUUUAUUGAUGACCUUCACAGAGAGCAUUUUAAGUUAAAUGAGAUGUGUUACAGCGCUCUUAUACAUGGUUAUUGCAAAGAAGGCAGAUUGAGAGAUGCAUUGGGUGUUUGUCGCGAGAUGGUAAAGAGAGGAGUAGACAUGGAUCUUGUGUGUUAUGCUGUACUCAUAGAUGGAACUAUAAAGGAACAAGAUACAAGUGCAGUAUUUGGUCUUUUGAAGAAUAUGCAUGACCAGAGAUUGAGGCCUGAUAAAGUAAUAUACACAAGCAUGAUUGAUGGGUACAGCAAAGCUGGGAGUGUUAAGAAGGCGUUUGGAAUUUGGGAUAUAAUGAUUGAUGAAGGAUGUACUCCAAAUAUUGUGACAUACACAACCCUGAUAAAUGAAUUAUGCAAAGCAGGACUCAUGGAUAAGGCUGAGCUUCUUUGGAAGGAAAUGCUAGUUAGCAAUUCAACUCCAAACCACGUUACUUAUUGUUGUUUCCUUGAUCACCUCGCCAGGGAAGGGAGCAUGGAGAAAGCUGUUCAGCUGCAUAAUGAUAUGCUUAAAGGGCUUUUAGCAAACACUGUUUCCUAUAAUGUACUUGUCCGUGGCUUUUGCAAAUUGGGCAGGGUUGAGGAGGCAACCAAGCUCCUGGAUGAAAUGAUAGACAACGCUAUUUUUCCAGAUUGCAUUACUUAUUCGACAAUUAUAUAUCAGUGCUGUAGAAGGGGUAAUUUAGAUGGAGCUAUUGAAUUGUGGGACACGAUGCUAAAUAAGGGUCUGAAGCCUGAUACACUAGCGUACAAUUUUUUGAUAUAUGGUUGCUGCAUUGCAGGAGAACUGGGAAAGGCUUUUGAGUUGCGAGAUGACAUGAUAAGAAGGGGCGUGAAGCCAAAUCAGGCUACACACAAGGCUCUUAGUCAUGGAGCUUCAAGGAAGUUUUCUAUUUCUACCCACCCAGUUAUGCCUGAAAAUUAGUGGAACGGUGUAUUGUUUCAUGAAAACCUGGCAGAGAUCCUAUGCGAGUGAGAUGGUCUUAAAGAUGGAACGUUGUUCCCGGAGCUUAGGCGCUAAUUAUUAUAUUGCCAAACAGAUAUAGACUUUUUUUCAUGUAGUUUGUAUUAUAGGAUAACCGGUAUGAAGCUGAAAGAAGCUUUGCCAUUUUAUUCAUCAGAAUCUGUCAGUAAAUUUUGGCAGCCCACUGUUCAGGCCCGUCAUAACUUGCAAUGAUUCUUUGUGGAAGCUGUUAUUUUCAUACAAUAACUUAGCUCCAAUAAUUUCUAA